AUGUUAAAAUUUAUUUUUAUACUUAUAUUUAUAUUUUUUUUACUUUUUAAAAAAAAUAUUUAUUGAAUGGUUCAGAAUUUAAUUUUUUUAGCAACAAGUUUAUUUAUAAUUAAAAUUAGAUCAUUAUAUUAUUUUUGUAAUAUUUCUUAUUAUUUUGGUUUAGAUAUAAUUUCUUACGGUUUAAUUUUAUUAAGAUUUUGAAUUUGUGGUUUAAUUUUAAUAGCUAUAGAAGGAGUAAUUCGUUAUAAUAAUUAUAUUAAUUUAUUUUUAUUUAUAAUUAUUUUUUUAUUAUUAAUAUUAAUUUUUACUUUUAGUUCUAUAAGUAUAUUUAUGUUUUAUUUAUUUUUUGAAAGAAGUUUAAUUCCUACAUUAUUUUUAAUUUUAGGAUGAGGUUAUAACCUAGAGCGAUUACAAGCAGGGGUUUAUUUAUUAUUUUAUACCUUAUUAGCUUCCUUACCCUUAUUAAUUGGGAUUUUUUAUAUGAUACUUAUAGAAUAUAUUUUAUUAUAUUAUAGGUUAUUAAAAUUUAUAUUAUUUAAUUGGGAUUUAUUAUAUUUGUGUAUGGUGGUUGCUUUUUUAGUAAAAAUACCAAUAUUUUUAGUUCAUUUAUGAUUACCUAAAGCUCAUGUUGAGGCACCUGUUUCAGGUUCUAUAAUUUUAGCUGGAGUUUUAUUAAAAUUGGGAGGAUAUGGUUUAUUACGGGUAUUUUCAAUUAUACAAAUUUUGGGGACAAAAUUUAAUUUUAUUUGAGUUAGAAUUAGAUUAGUUGGAGGAGUUUUAGUAAGUUUAAUUUGUUUAUGACAAAUAGAUUUAAAAUCUUUAAUUGCUUAUUCUUCUGUAGCUCAUAUAGGAAUUGUAUUAAGAGGAUUAAUAACGAUAACUUAUUGAGGAUUAAAUGGUUCUUAUACUUUAAUAAUUGCUCAUGGAUUAUGUUCUUCAGGGUUAUUUUGUUUAGCUAAUAUUGCUUAUGAACGAAUGAGCAGACGAAGUUUAUUAAUUAAUAAAGGGAUAUUAAAUUUUAUACCAAGUUUAUCAUUAUGAUGAUUUUUAUUAUGUUCUGGAAAUAUAGCUGCUCCUCCGACUUUAAAUUUAUUAGGAGAAAUUUCUUUAUUAAAUAGAAUUAUUAGUUGAUCUUGAUUAACAAUAAUUAGUCUAUCUUUAUUAUCUUUUUUUAGAGCAGCUUAUACAUUAUUUUUAUUUGCAUAUAGACAACAUGGGAAAAUUUAUUCAGGAAUAUACUUUUUUUCUUCAGGAAGAAGUCGAGAAUUUUUAUUAUUAAUAUUACAUUGACUACCAUUAAAUUUAUUAAUUAUAAAAAGAAGCCUUUGUAUAUUAUGAAUUUAA